AUGGGCAUCACCCAGUCAUCAGUGUUGUGUUUUGUCAUCGACACCACAGGCAGCAUGAGUGAUGACAUCACUGAGGCUAAGAGAGUGUCCUUCUCCAUCAUGGACAAUAAGAGAGGAACCCUGCAGGAACCUUCAUCAUACAUCCUGGUCCCCUUCAACGACCCAGGAUUUGGACCUCUGAUCACCACAACAAAUGCAGACAUUUUCAAACAGAAGAUCAACGCACUGACAGCAUCAGGAGGAGGAGAUAUACCAGAGCUGUCCCUGUCAGGACUACAGCUGGCCCUCACGGCGGCGCCACCCUACUCUGAGAUCUUUGUGUUCACUGAUGCUCCUGCUAAAGACACUGCACUGAAGAGCACUGUCACUGCCCUCAUAGAGAGCACCAAGUCUGUGGUGACCUUCAUGUUGACUGACAACCUCCGAUCCAGUCGACGUCGUCGUAGGCGUUCCGUGGGUGGGGCUUCAGCCGUAUGGCCCAGUAAGGGUGGAGGCUCCAACCGGAUGGCCCAAUCAGACGCUCAGCUGUACCGUCACCUUGCCCAGGCCUCUGGAGGUCAGGCCAUUGAGGUCACCAAGGAGGAUCUGCACCGGGCCACCAGCGUCAUCGAGGACGCCUCCUCUGCAGCACAG